CAUCACACGUGAUCCUGUUGCACAACAAUCACGGCAGAAUCUCUUUCCGUUUGGGGUGAAAGGAUAAUGAUGCUCAAACCUUGUGACCAGGGGCGGACUGACAACUCAUGGGGCCCCCGGGCAAUAGGGGAUCAUGGGGCCCCUGUGUCCUUGCCCAAGCUCAAAAAAGCCUAUGAAAAAGGUACCAGGGGCAUCUCAUGGGGCCCCUACUGACCCCAGGCCCUCGGGCAGCGCCUGAGUUUCCAAAUGGUCAGUCCGCCCCUGCUUG